UAUUGUAGAUAUUCUUUUUGAUACAGCAAUGCAUUCAACGCACACCGAUUUAUGAUAUGUUAUCAUUUAUAACAUAAUAUGAGUGUGUAUAUUGGAGGGGCUUUCAACGAUUUGUGAUUUAGUGUUCGAGUACAGUUAUUCAACGUUAGUUUUUAAAACACAAGACUCGGUCCGGUGGAUAAAGGUCACGAUGACUUCACAUUACGGCGUUCUUAUGAUCGCUUUUGGCAUGUGUCUUGGAAUAUGUCAGGUGAUUGUGUUGCCACCGGUCGGGGCUGCGAACAUUUUGGCGGUUCAAACACUCGCGGCCAAGAGCCACUGGAACGUGAUGCGGGCGAUGCUCCGGGCGCUGACUGACCGCGGUCACACCGUAACCGUGUUUACGCCGUUUUUGGACGGCAACCGAGACGGUUAUACCGAGGUGGACGUUUCUGGGGACUUGAAGGUUAGGGUCGGAUUGAACGUGUCGCGUUAUUUGGGUAUGCAAACCGUUCCAAUGUUUGUCGCUUACAUGGUCAAUUCGACCAGGACCAAUUGCGGAUCCAUAUUCAAAGACCGGCGAAUGCGAGAAAUUUUCGACAGCAAGUCACGGAUAUUCGACGUAGUAGUCGCCGAGGCGCUUUGGUUAGAUUGCGUGUCGUACGCGGCGAACGUUCUCCAGAUUCCCAUCAUAUACGUCAUUCCGUCACCGAUCGUCACACAUUGGGAGCGUUCGUACUUCGGACACUUCCCCAACCCCGCUGCCGUUUCCAACGUGAUGUUCUGGCGUAGCGUUCCUAAAAUAUUCGCCGACCGCCUUGCAAAUACGUUGCAUACAGUUUACGGUUCGUGGUGGCUGUGGCGAGAAGGACGGCGACACCGGCAAAACAAACCGCUACCGUCCGACGCCGUUGACUUGGUCAAACCGUCGUUGACAUUCUUCAAUACGCACUUUAUCACCGAACCUCCUAGGCCGUUGUCGCCGGACACCGUACAAAUUGGCGGAAUACAUUUAGCUCCGCCAGAACCAAUACCGAGGGAUAUUUUAGAAUUCAUUGACGACGCUCCUCAUGGUGUGAUUUACUUUACACUUGGUUCGGUCGUUUUAAUGUCAUCGUUAUCAGAAAAUGUUGUGAGCGUGUUUCGUGAAUGUUUCUCUCAAAUUCCACAGAAGGUGUUGUGGAAAUACGAAGGUGAUAUGAAAGACAAACCGAAGAAUGUGAUGACUCGGAAGUGGUUUCCACAACGCGAUAUACUUUUGCAUCCCAAUAUGAAGCUGUUUAUCAGUCAUGGAGGAAUAUCUGGAGUGUACGAAACUGUGGACGCAGGUGUGCCUGUUCUUGGAAUUUCAAUUUUUUAUGACCAACCGAGAAAUAUCGACAAUCUUGUAAACGCCGGAAUGGCAAUUUCUAUAGACAUACAUUCUAUAACUAAAGACAAGUUGUUAAACGCUAUUUUACAAAUUGUCAAUGAUGAAAAGUAUCAAAAAAAAGCUAAGAUUGCUUCUGAACGGUUCAAAGACCGACCAAUGUCACCCGCAGAUUCAGUAGUUUAUUGGACUGAGUAUGUUUUACGUCAUAAUGGUGCGCCACAUUUAAAAUCUCAUGCCCUAAAUCUGACGUGGUAUCAAUAUUUUUUGGUUGAUGUAAUAAUCACAUUUUUAUCCAUUGCGUUUAUCGUUUUGUUCAUAAUUUGUUAUUUGCUAAAAAUGGUUUAUAAAAACUACUUGAAAUAUGCCCAUAAUGGCAAAGCAAAACGUGAAUAAAUAAUUAAAUAUUAUAAAAAUUAAUAAUUUACUUAAACUAAUAGAUAACAAUUUUAUAAUACCUUUAUCUGAUUUAUCAUAUAAAUCUUACUAAAUAAUUAUUUUAUUGAUUAUGUUAUACACUAAUAUGAAUAUAUGAUUUGGUAUUAUUUCUUCUUAUAUUAUCAAUAAGUAAUUAAAAAUACCACGAAUAUUCUACAUAGUUUUGUCGUCUAAGUAUUAUAUUUACAUUAUAUUAAAGACUCGUAUAAAAAAUGACUAAUUUCAUAUGUAUACUGAAUUAUAAUAAUGAGAAUAACAAUGGUCAUGUAUAUAAUAUUAAAACAAUUGACAAAUAUUAAAUUACCAUGCAAAACUAAAAAAUGUAUAGCUAUGUUUUAGAAAAUGAGUAGGCUUGUUUUUUUUUAAAAAUUUUUUGUAUGUAUUGUAAUCGGUUCAUUAUUAAAAUAUAAAACAUAUACAUUCAUA